UUAUAAUGUUUUAGCUGUAAAAUUAGCGGAUACUUGUUUGAACCGGCCGCGUGGUUCCUAGUUUCUGCCGGAAUCGCUCUCGUCGGGUCCUUCUGGUUCCGUGUCUGGGAGGAGCACGGCGGUGUGAUUUCCAGGGAGUUAACUUUGCCAAAAUGCAGGACCCAAACGAAGACACAGAGUGGAAUGACAUCCUCAGGAAAAAAGGGAUUCUUCCUCCCAAAGAGAUUCCCAAAGAGGAGGAAGAGGAGGACGUGACCCUCCAGCAGCAGUCUGUUGUUAAGACCUACGAGAGCAUGACUCUGGAGGAGCUGGAGGAGAACGAAGACGAGUUCAGCGAGGACGACGAGGCGGCCAUCGAGAUGUACAGACAGAAACGUUUGGCCGAGUGGAAGGCGACCCAGAUGAAGAACGUGUUCGGGGAGAUGACGGAAAUCUCCGGGCAGGACUACAUCCAGGAGGUCAACAAGGCCGGGGAAGGCAUCUGGGUGGUGCUGCACCUCUACAAGCCCGGCAUCCCUCUGUGCACCCUCAUCAACCAGCACCUCGGCUCGCUGGCCAGGAAGUUCCCCCAGACCAAGUUCCUCAAGUCCAUCUCCACCACCUGCAUCGCCAACUACCCCGACCGCAACCUGCCCACCAUCUUCGUGUACUUCGAGGGGGAGAUGAAGGCCCAGUUCAUCGGCCCGCUGGUGUUCGGGGGCAUGAACCUCAAAGUUGAAGAGCUGGAGUGGCGGCUGUCGGAGAGCGGGGCGGUGAAGACCGACCUGGAGGAAAACCCCCGGAAGCAGAUCGAGGACAAGCUGAUGUCGUCCAUCAGGGGCUCGCUGCCGGCGCGGGGGGGGGGCGGCUCCGAGGACGAGGACGACUAACCGGGACCGGGACCAGAGACCCCCCAUCAACCCGCUCCCACCUUUUAAAAACCGUCUGAGCUGGUGGGCGGAGCCAAAGGGCAGCUGGAGGCCUCAGGGAAGGGAAUAACACAUAUCACCCCCCCCCACAAACCCCCCCAAACCUCUAAUGGCCGCCUCACAGCAAAGCGGCCGGACAGCCAGACUCUCGUCCUUUUAUCGAUUAAAAACACCAAACCGUCUCCUUCCAAAACCAUCAAAGACAAACAUUUACUUUUUUUUUUAUUACGUCACAUGGUCAUUAUGUCACAGAAUGUACAGGUGCUGUAAAGUCUGCUUUGAUUAAAGGUGCCACGACAAAAAGCUCCCUUUUCGGAUUUUUUUCUGUUCGGGGAAGUCGGCUAAAGCAGUGUUUUUCAACCACUGUG